CGACCAGCAGGGCCUGGUCCAUCCGCCCCGGGGGGCGCCGCUCCACCGCCGCCGCUGCCCCACCGCCGGCCCCGGCCCCGGCCCCGGCGCCCUCCGGCGGGCCCUCCCCGUGGGGCUGGGUGAGGCCGGGCGCCAUCAGCAGCGCGCCCAGCGCCGCCGCCGCCGCCGCCGCCACUAGCCCCGCUGCCGCCGCCAUGUCGCUGCGCUCCGCCCCGGGGCGGCGCCGCCGCCGCUCCGCGCGGCCGGGACGGGCCGUCGGUCCUUCCACCCGCCCGCCCCGCCGCGCUUCCCGGGGUCAGGCGGCCCGGCCCGGCCCGGCCCGGCCCGGGGCGGCCGGCGGCCUCGGCCCUCCUCCGCAGGCGAGCAGGGGGGUGCACGGCGAGGCAGGCGCCGAGCUUGAAACCGGUUUUAACAUACACCGCUGCCGCGCGGGGCCUUCCUCCUAGGCGGCAGGCUCCGGGCUGCGGCGCUGCGAGGCAGCAGCUAUGUAGCCGGCAAUGAAAAAUCCCGGGGCUGGGAAGGGGGUCCUGCUCAGCCUCCCUCUUUCUCGGAGAAUGCAGACGGCGCGGCCAUGGAGAAGAAACCGCACUUCGUUAGGAGGGACUUUCCUCCCAGGGAGGUGUCAUCCAUCUCACUGGCGGUAUUGCUUGCCACCGUCCUGCUCCUCAAUGCCCUUCUCUACCUGUACCUCAACAAGUUCUACAUCUCUUCAGGACGCGCCGAAACAGACCCUGGCCUCUGCUCUUUCGGGUACUUCAAACUGGGAGCGGUGAAGAACUGCUCUCCGUGGCUCUCCUGCGAAGCCAUAAAUAGGGAAGUCAGGAAGCUCAAGUGUGUUGGCGAAGGCGCUGUUAAAAAGGUCUUCCUUUCGGAGUGGAAGGAAAACAAAGUGGUCCUUUCACAGCUCACCAACUCAGAGCUGAAGGAGGACUUUCUUCAUGGACUGAAGAUGCUGAAAGCACUUCAAAGCAAGCACGUUGUCCGGCUGCUUGGCUACUGUGAGCAGCAGUUCACCAUCCUCACUGAGUACCAUCCUCUGGGCUCCCUGAGGGGCCUGAAUGAAACUCUCCACAUCCCCAAGUACAAGGGCAUGAACACCUGGCAUCGCAGGUUGAUGCUUGCUAUAGACUAUGUCAGCAUCAUUCGGUACCUGCACAGCAGCCCUCUGGGCACCUUAGUGAUGUGCGACUCAAAUGACCUGGACAAGAUCCUCUCCCAAUAUCUCCUAACAAGUGACUUUCACGUCCUGGUUAAUGAUUUGGAUGCUUUGCCCCUUGUGAACAGGAGUGCCGGCAGGCUGGUGAAGUGUGGUCAUCGGGAACUCCAGGGCGAGUUUGUAGCUCCUGAGCAGCGUUGGCCCUAUGGAGAAGAGGUGCCAUUUGAGGAUGACCUCAUGCCCCCCUAUGACGAGAAAACAGACAUCUGGAAAAUCCCAGAUGUCUCCAAUUUUCUCUUGGGCCACGUUGAAGGAAGUGACAUUGUGCGCCUGCAUUUGUUUGACAUCCACGCAGCAUGUAAGAAGAAGGACCCAGCUGAAAGGCCUUCUGCUCAGGAGGUCUUAGACACCUACAGGAAAGUUUUAACUCUGCUCCUUCGGGAGGCAGCCAUGCCUAGUAUGAGGGAAAUGUUAUAACGAAUCAUGAGACAAGCAACAUACUGAAGCUGAUGUCCUUCCUAUUUAUUUAGCUUGCCUGAAGGGCAAAAUCUCUGUCCCCAAAACUGAGAAGAACAACCAAACUUGUACCUUUUGAUUUAAAAGAAAAUAAAUCCACCCAAUGCUGGAGCUGUGCAAGCUUCCCAUUGGCAGGUUUAAUCUAUCAUUGGAAGAAGAGGAGGGAGAGAAAUUAAAUUGUGUGGGUGCAGGGGAAAUAAUAAAUUUUCUUUUGCAACAUUUACACAAAAAUUCUCUUAAAAAAUCUAAAGAAAAAGAGUUGAAAAAAAUAUUGGCCCACUUACACUGGUUGGCAGAGGACUGGAGAGCAGAGACCACGGCAUGUCCCCACAAGCUUUGUGCCGAUUCCUGUGGCUUUGGCCCACGUCUCAUCUAGAAAGUCCUCACCCACCUCCACAUGGAGUAAAAGCAGUGGGUGAACCCCAAUGCCAGAGCCCCAGUGGCAGUCUGUCCCUGCUGGAUGGGGAAUAGAUUGUUUUGGAGCUGUAUGGCCAUUGCUCCGUGUGCCCCAUACCCCACACCAGCAAGCAUGUGGCCACUUGGUAAGCAAGCAGAUGAUGCGGGUCCUGAAGAGUCUGCUUACAGAGGCGUGUGCUUGGUUUUCAAGCCUUUAGCCUGUAGUGUUCUCAGAUGGACUCUUUGAAGUUGUAAAACUGGAGUAUCUUUUUUUAAUCCACAGAUAUCCUGAGCACUCUGGAAGAGAGCUGAAGUGUAUCUUUUUUGGGUUCACUUUUCCUUGCUGAGUGUCAUCAUGACUUGAUAGAAGCGGGGAGAACAAGGAAUGGAAAGAGAAUGUGUUUUCCUUCCAUAGCAAUGAGUGCUAAACAAGAGCUUUGGAAAAUAAAAGCACUAUAUUCAGAGUGUGCAACUCUGUUGGGUCUGAAUUCAAAGCCCAUUAAGCAUAAAGAAAGGCUGCUUUUUUGUUUAGUGUGUUUAGAGAAAGCUUUUGGUACCUACAUGGAUGUUACAGCCUUGUACCAACAGCUGGAGAGGAAGAAUAAUGAUGCCUUAACCUAGCAGUUGGCUGUUUGGUGGGAGUGGCAUGUACUUGUUCUCUUGGUGAAGAACGAGUAGUAUGAGUGAGGCACAUGGACUCUACCAUUAGCACGUGAGGACUUUCUGUUUGCAGGCUAUGUCUUUGAAAGUCCUGAGAGUCUGAGACAACUUUCAUGUUUUGACUUGAGAGGUGUUUUGUAAGCAGAGAAGUACAUAGUCCUUUCUGCAGAAGAGUUUGGUUCUGUUCUUUGCUGUGCUGAUAUUCCUCUUCACCUAAACAAGCCAUGUUACGACCUCACCAAGAACAUGCGGUCCGUUUGUAUAAUAUUGAGGCACACCUGUGUUCUGUUACUACCAAAAAUUUAUUAUAAAUGGGAGAACUUUCCCGCAAAUUACUAAAUUCAUACCUGAUUUCAUACAGUGCCAGCAGGGGCCCUUUAAAGGCUGCUCAUUAUAGCUUUCCUUUCCCUCUGGCCAGUCUAUUUCCUUAAAUUAGCUGAUUUUUGCCAUUUUUCAGUUGUGCAGUCCUUCCUGGCGCUUUCCUGCUCAGGCUGCAGGAAGCAAAGCUCAGGGUCGCCAAAACAGAACAAUGAUUUUGGGUGCAUCAUGUUUGUUUUGGACUUUGACUCAAAACACCUUAAGGAAGCCUUGGGAAAAAGAAUGCUCUCUCUGUUGUAAUUGUAUCAUCCAGCCCAUGAACUCUUGAGCUGUUAUUAUUAGGAUUAGAGUUCUAUAGUUCCAGCAUGAAUCUAGGAUGUGCAACAGUUGGAAAAGCAUCCUGUUAUAGCUCCUCAAAGCCAGGGAUCAAGCUUUGAAGGGCCAAGAGUCAAAUCUUUUGCAUGUGACCCCAGCAAUAACUUGUUACCUCUUGUUAGCCAUCAUGUAUGCCUGAAAGAAAAAGCAGCAUCUGAUGGCUGUGAAGUAAACGUACCAUGCGUUUUUUGUCAGAGUAGCAAGGACAGACAAGAAGAACCUGCCAAGCUUCUUAUGCUGGUCUCUCUUGGUUAAGACAAGCUUCUGCUUGCUCUGUGUGUACUGUUGCACCUUGCAAACUGCCAUAUUAAUUUCACAGAGUGAAAAAAACGAGGACAAAAUCUGCUUCUGAAUAAUUGUCUUGCCGUGGAGAUGUCUCUCUCUGUUCCUGGAUGAAAUAGUUACAAAGUUUUUUAAGAAAAGAUGUCUCCCUAAAUAUUCCCCCGAGUUCUGGGUCCUUCACAUGUCUCUUCCCCAUUCCCUCUCCUUCAGCUUGUGUGUUGUUCAGCGUUGUAUUUCAGCAGGAAUAAAUUACAUUUGUUCUGAAUAGAGCA